AACAUUUAAAUAUUUUAAAUUAUUUUUUAAAUGUAAAAACUGUAUAUUUUUUCUCAUUGUAAUUUAAAAGAGUAAGUUGUUUUGCGAGUUAUCUUUGUGUUUUAAGACAUCAUAAAAUAUCAACGUUUCGUAAACAUUACAGUUAAUUCCAUUAGAGCGAGAGCAGCCUAAUACUUAGUUUAUCAAGCUAUCUUUCACCAAAAUAAAGUGGACUAUAAUGUUUGUCAAAGAUAUGAAAAUAACCCGCGUAGCAAUUUACUUUAAAGCAAAUAUCCGUGAAAACUUGAAGAGUAUGCUUAUAGCUUAUUUAUUUUUUAUAGAUUGUUGUUGGACCGCGUAACGAAAUAUUGGACAUUGUACCAGAAUGGCCUGGAAGUGAAUACGAUAGCCGUAUAUUCCAAAACUCAUGCAUAUACAGAGCGCCAAUUAAAUGGAAUGCUUAUUGGUGAUGCUGAAUAUCCGUCGUUGUCAUUUUUGCUCAUGCCAAUUAACAAUCCUGUUACUGAUAAAGAAAUAAGUUACAACAUAAUCCUUAACAGAACAAGAGGAAUUGUGGAAAGAACUUUUGGUGUUUGGAAACGUAGAUUUCCGUGCUUAUCAAAAGGAUUGAGCACAAAGUUAUUGACAUCUACAACAAUUAUUGUGGGAUGUGCUGUUUUACAUAAUUUAUCGUUAAUUUUGAACGAUAAAUUAGAAGAUGAUGACGAAGAAGUAGAAAAUUUGAAUGACGAUGUUCCAGUUCCUCAACCUCAUUGGCAACCUGGGGAUGGUUUCAUCAUAAGAAAUGCUUUAAUUGAACGGCUUUUUAGAUAAAUAAAGAAAAAGGCAAAUCAAU